AUGGAAAUUUCUAACCCUAACGAUCCCCAAGAAACCAAACCCACCGCCACCACCGCCCCUAUCCCCACUCCUUCUCAAACACCUAACACCAGCAGCAGCAGCAGUGAUAAUAAUAACCCCCCUCACAAUAAUAACCGCAAGUGCAAGGGAAAAGGUGGACCUGACAACAACAAGUUUCGUUACCGCGGCGUCAGGCAGCGCAGCUGGGGGAAAUGGGUGGCGGAGAUAAGAGAACCGCGCAAGCGGACCAGGAAGUGGCUCGGAACAUUCGCCACCGCCGAAGAUGCCGCCAGGGCCUACGACCGUGCUGCUUUGAUCCUCUACGGUUCUAGGGCACAGUUGAAUCUGCAACCCUCGGUUUCCGUCAAUUCUAACUCUUCUAAUUCUUCGUCUCGUGGCGGUUCUUCUUCUUCUUCUUCCUCCUCCACUCAAACGCUUAGGCCUUUGCUUCCUCGCCCUUCCGGGUUCACCUUCUCAUCCGGUUCCCGGUUUCCCGUUGUGUUUAACGGCCUCCACAAUAACAACAAUAAUAAUAACUUCUCUGCUGCUACCGCCUCGGGUUUCGUGCCAUUUGGGGUUUACCCUUUUAGUAACGGUAAUAAUAACAGUGUUGUUGCACCAGCACCGGUGCAGUUUCAUCAUCAGUAUUCACCACAAGUGCUGCAAAUUCAGCAGCAGCAGCAGCAGCUUCAACAGCAACAACAACACUGUCACAAUCGACACCAAAAAGCCGAUGAAUCAGGUGGAACAACUUCAAUUAGGUUAACCUCCCAUCAGAAUAAUAAUAAUAAUAAUACUAAUCAUCCUUCGGGUUAUGUUCAUCAUCCUCAUCAAGAGAGUUGCAUGGUUAUGGAAGAAGAAAUAUUGAAUCAUAGUAAUAAUAAUAAUAAUAAUAACAAUCUCGUGGUGGAUUCAACAUUGUCUUCCUCAGAGGUUGGAGCAGAUGCAGUGGUGGAUCCGGAUCCGGAUCAUGAUCGGGAUCCAGAACCGGGUAUCGGAUCUAUGUGGUCUUCGUUGACGGAGGAGGAGUAUCCAGUUAGCUUGUGGGAUUACAAUUACAAUGAUCCAUACUUUAGUUUGAAUUUUGAAGAAAUUUGA